AUGAUUGCUGCUUCCUGCGCGAAACUGAUGCUGCAGCGCGCAAUCAGAGCAUUUGUAGGACUGGCAUCGCACAAUCAUAUCACAGCUAAGUACCAUUUCAUUCGCCUCUCAUCUCAGCGACAUUCGAGGCCGAGCAGCAUAGCAAGUCACAUUUUCACUCGAAGCAUGGCCACCGACGAAGCGCCCCCGACCACCUCAUCGCCGCCCGUGCCUCUCAGCGCACCUCCCGCAGUCGGCCAACUCGUCGAGCAUGAAGGAAAGACAUAUGAGACCAUCAGGGAGGGAGGCGCAUACAUCUUGAUCCCGCCAAACACGCAAAAGCAUGUCGAUCCGCAAGCGAAAUUGGCCGAGGGAGAGAAGGCGCAGAACGUGUUCUACAACCCGAUCCAGCAGUUCAACCGCGACUUGAGUGUGCUCUCGAUCAAGGCUUUUGGUGAAGACUGGAUGGAGCGAAAGAGGCUGCGCAACGAUAGGAACAAGGAGCGGCACAGCAAGAAGCAGCAUAAGAAGCGAAAGCUGGCAUGGAGUAAGCAAGAUGAGACUCUGGACGAUGGCGGCGCGCAGAAGCUGAGAAAGGCAGAAGAUGGGAAGCCUACACCAGCUAACAGCGAGGUACUCACGAACGGCAAUGGCGAGGCGGACAGUGAGCCUGAUGUGACUGUCAUUGUGGACAAGCCAGAAACUGCAUACACCGCGCAGGAGACCGAUGCGCAGAGCCAUACAGCCACCAACGGGGAUGCAAAAAUCAACGGACCGCGCUUCAGCAUACUGGACGCUCUAUCAGCAACGGGCCUACGAGCCCUCCGCUAUGCCAAGGAGAUCCCAUUCACCUCUAGUGUGGUCGCCAACGAUAUGAACCCGAAUGCUACAAAGAGUAUGGCACUGAACAUCGCACACAAUGGCUUGACUUCAAAGAUCACACCGAAUACUGGCGACGCAAUAGGCCAUAUGUACAGCGUGGCAUACCCAUCUACUGGAGCGCAUGGACCGAACCACGUCUCCAAGAAGUACGACGUGAUCGACCUGGAUCCAUACGGCACAGCGGCACCGUUCAUCAACGCUGCACUGCAGGCUCUCAACGAUGGUGGCUUGCUCUGUGUCACCUGCACCGACUCCGGCGUGUUCGCAUCGGCUGGCUACUGCGAGAAAACGUACUCUCUGUACGGAGGCAUGCCCGCGAAGGGACCAUACUGCCAUGAGGCUGGCCUUCGCCUUAUCAUUGGCUCCAUCGCCAAGGCCGCCGCUGCCAUCGGCAUCGCAAUCGAGCCUCUCCUAUCCCUGAGCAUUGACUUCUAUGCACGGACAUUCAUCAGGGUACGCAAGAGCCCAGCCGAUGUCAAGUACCUCGCUGGCAAGACAAUGUAUGUCGCCUGCUGCGAUGCUGGCUGUGGUGCCUGGACUACCAGCAUGAUCGGGCGUAACACAAAACAAACUGCUAAGAACCGUGCCGACACGUUCAAGCACGGGAUCGGCCAAGUCGAAGCGGACAAAGAAUGCAGGCAUUGCGGAUUCAAGACUCAUAUCGCCGGACCUAUGUGGGGUGGUCCACUGCACAACGGCGCUUUCAUAGAGAAGCUGCUCGAGGAUCUUGAAGAGGCCGAUAGUAGUGUGUAUGAGACGAAGCCACGACUUGAGGGCAUGCUCUCCACCGCUCUCGAUGAGUUACUGGUCAACGAGGCGGCCACGCGAUACAUCCCGAAGAAAGAUCGCAAAGAAGGCGAUGAGAUGAUCCCCCAGGUACCCGCAGAGGCCGUCGAUGCACAUCCCUUCUUCUUCAACCCGUCGGCAGUCUCGAAGGUCAUCCACUGCGUCGCACCAUCUGCAGCCGCCAUCAAUGGCGCUCUACGACAUUUGGGAUACCGUGCGACGCGUUCUCACUGUCAAGCUGGCUCCAUCAAGACAGAUGCGCCAUGGAGUGUGAUCUGGGAGAUGAUGCGCGAGUGGGUUCGCCAGAAAUCGCCCAUCAAAGAUCUUAAGGAGAACACGCCUGGACGAAAGAUAAUGGCUGACGAGACCAAGAGCUUGAAGGUGGUCUUUGAUGAGGGUUUGGGAAAGGAUAAGGAGAGGCCUGGGGGUAAACGUUUGGUUAGGUACCAGCAGAACCCGAGGGAGAAUUGGGGUCCGAUGACCAAGGCGAAAGGGAGUGCUUAA